AUGUCAUUAGCAAAAGUAUCGUAUGAUUUUCAUCGUAUCAAAGAUCAUAUACCAUCAAUGCAAUUACAAUUAAAAUAUAAUUUACGAAUUAAAUUGAAAUAUGAUAAUCUUUAUGAACGGCUAAUGUUUGGUAGAAAAAUCUGCUAUACAUUUGGUUAUCUGGGUAAUCUAACAUUUCGUGGCCUUUUAAUGUAUUUGGAUUCAGAAUUAUUUCAAUGGUAUCAUUAUGAUUAUACAUCAGCAUAUUUUUGGCAAUAUAGAAAAAUUCUUAAUAAAUUUUUCAUUAUCGUUAGUUUAUUGUUUAUAAUGGUCGGAUUGAUUUGUAUUCGAACAUUUUUCUUUCACCGUGUGGAUACAUUAAGUUUUCAAUUACUAUAUGAUUGUAUUGUUUACAAUACUGAUCAAUAUCAUAAAACAUUGGAUCAAGUGGAUAGGAAAUUAUUUCAAAAUCAAAAUAAAAUGCGACUAUUUCCACAUGCAUCGUUAAAAUGUCGUACAAAUAUUUUACUAUUUUUAUUCAUAAUUGAUUGGAUCAAUUAUCUUGCUCAUAUUAUUGUUGUAACGAAUACAAUUUUAUUGUUACAAUUUGCAAUACUUUUAUUCUGUUCAUUGAUUGUAACAUUUAUUAUAUUUCAUAAUUCAGUGAAACAAUUGAAUGAAAAUUUCAUUGAAAUACUUAACAAUCAUCGUAAUACGAAAAUCAGUUUAUAUGAAAAAUAUAAAAUUUAUUUCAUUCAUCGACAACAUAAUCGUUUGGCUUAUUAUUUAAUAUCAACAAAUCAAAAUGUUUGGAGCCGGUUAUUCUUUUUUAUUGCAUUUUUCAGCAUACCGAUCAAUGUAACAACAAUAUCGGAAUUAAUUGUUGAAGAUAUACCCAUACAAACACAAUCAUUAUUCAUAUUUAUUACAAUUUUACAUGUUAUAUCUGUAUUGGUACCAUUCAUGUCAUUGGCAAAAGUAUCCGAUGAUUUUCAUCAAAUUAAAAAUCAAAUACCAUCAUUACAAUUUCGAUUAAAACAUAAUCAACAUUUACGUUUAAAAUUAAAAUAUGAUGAUCUUUAUGAACGAUUA